AGUGAAUGAUUUUUUGGGGGGUGGGGUAAUAGGAUGGUCCCUAAGCGCAUUCAUGAUUCCAUAGGAAAUAUCGUCUUCAGAAUUAUUUUCCACCACAGAAUUCCCUUUUGAUAUCUGCAGAGUGAUGAGACGUGACUGCGUAUCUGAUGGUUGCUUCUAAUUUCAGGAAUUGAUGCCUUGUACAUCAUCAGGAAUGCACAGUCCCUCCAGCGGAACAGCCACACACCACAAGUCCAUUUUACCAUGUCCCCAUUCCUUUUAUGGUGAGUGAUAGAUAGAGAGAGUGUGAGUGAGUGAGUGGACCACGGUAUACACCCCCUGGAAUGCAACCAAAAUAAUGUGAGAUGUGACGAUCAAACUGUACUGUGUGGCUCAGGCUCUCUCUUCACUUUCCUCUAAUGCUCUCAAUAAUAUCCCAACAUCCCUACAGCAUCCCUUGCACCCACCGCAUUCUGGCACUUCUGUGGGAAACAAACAACAUGGAUGCCUUCUCUUCUUCCUUCGUCUCUACUUUGGGCCUGGCCACCCCAAUUCAUUCUUUUACCACUGCUACCGCGCCCAAAGCCAUCCGAGCACUACCACCACUGUCAUCACCUUAUUCUCCUAUCCUCAACGUAUCCACCUCCGUUGGGAUUGACGAAAAGGCCCAGAUGCCCACGCCCACGCCCACGCCCACGCCCACAUCAUCAUCGUCGUCAUCGUCAUCGAAAAGAUCUCCUACUACAUCAACGGGCAAGAUGAGAUCACCGCCGCCAAAGCAACGACGACAACAGCUACCUUCAUUGAUCUUCAACGCAUUGGACGACAUCAUCAACAACUUCAUAGACCCUCCCCUCCGCCCUUCCGUGGACCCAAGAAGCGUGCUCUCCAACAACUUUGCUCCGGUUGUUGAGGAGCUUCCCCCAACAGAGUGUGAGGUGAUACAAGGAUCCCUACCACCUUGCCUUGAUGGUGCUUACAUUCGCAACGGGCCCAACCCACAGUUCCUGCCUCGUGGGCCUUACCACCUCUUUGACGGUGAUGGGAUGCUUCACUCCAUUCGGAUCUCCCAAGGCAAACCCACACUCCUCUGCAGCCGCUACGUCAAGACCUACAAGUACACCAUCGAAACCCAAGCCGGGUCUCCACUUCUUCCAAAUGUCUUCUCGGGCUUCAAUGGUCUUACCGCAUCCGCAGCGCGGGGUGCUUUAGCUGCUGCCCGAAUCUUGGCCGGUCAAUACAACCCUGCUAAUGGCAUAGGUGUCGCAAACACCAGUUUGGCUUUCUUUGGUAAUCGUCUCUACGCACUCGGUGAGUCUGACCUCCCUUACUCGGUGCGAUUGAGCUCCAACGGAGACAUCGAGACUCUGGGUCGCCAUGAUUUUGAUGGUCAGCUCUCCAUGAGCAUGACUGCACAUCCCAAAGUAGACCCUGAGACGGGGGAGGCGUUUGCCUUUCGAUACGCCCCAAUCCCUCCAUUUCUCACCUACUUCCGGUUCGACGCCAAAGGGGCCAAACAGGCAGACGUGCCCAUUUUCUCCAUGCUCCGUCCCUCUUUCCUCCAUGACUUCGCAAUCACAAAGAAGUAUGCCAUAUUUGCGGACAUACAAUUAGGGAUGAACCCCAUGGAAAUGAUAGUCGGGGGAGGAUCUCCGGUGGGUUCGGACCCGUCCAAAGUGCCUAGACUCGGAGUCAUCCCUCGAUACGCUAAGGAUGAGUCGGAGAUGAGAUGGUUCGACGUGCCGGGGUUCAACAUCAUACACGCCAUUAAUGCGUGGGAUGAAGAAGACGGAAACCAAAUAGUGAUGGUGGCACCAAACAUAUUGUCAGUGGAGCACACGUUGGAGAGAAUGGACCUCGUCCAUGCGUUGGUGGAGAAAGUGAGGAUCGACCUCCGGACAGGGAUUGUAACAAGGCAUCCCAUUUCAGCAAGAAAUCUUGACUUUGCGGUCAUAAAUCAGGCAUACGUGGGGAAGAAGAACAGCUUUGUGUACGCGGCAGUGGGUGAUCCAUUGCCCAAGAUAUCUGGGGUGGUCAAGCUCGACGUGUCUAAAGGUGAUCAGCGCCAGGACUGCACGGUGGCGUGCAGAAUGUACGGACCACGCUGCUACGGGGGAGAGCCUUUCUUCGUGGCGAGGGAGCCCGGUAACCCAGAGGCGGAGGAGGACGAUGGGUACGUCGUGUCGUUUGUCCAUGACGAGAACGCGGGAGAGUCCAACUUCUUGGUUAUGGAUGCCAAGUCUCCCAAUCUUGAAAUUGUUGCGACCGUCAAACUCCCCCGCCGGGUGCCUUAUGGCUUUCACGGACUAUUUGUGAGGGAAAGCGACCUCAAAAACCUCUGAUCCAUCCCAUACUUCCAUCAUUCGAUCGGUGCCACACAAAAAAAACUUCUAAAAUUACUAUGUCACAAAUCUUAUACAGACACAUAAUUAAUUUAUUAUAAAUUCAGUAUACAUGAUGAUGUAUUAUUCUCUGCAAA